AUGACUAAAUUAGUGGCGGCUGUGUCAGAGCGCUUAGAGCAAGGCUGGUGGAAUAUUGAAGGAGACAUAAAGAGGAAAAAAGCAUCUCCUUUUUAUCUGCUUCGCAUUCACAUUGACUUCUUCAGGGUUCAGGUUAUUAUCAACAUUCACUGUCGAUAUCGCAUUCACGGACUGGCAGUUGCGAUGCCCUUUGACUGGGGCUGUUGCGGGGACAAGAACGGCAGGAACGCAGCCGACGCGGCCGCUGCCCCUCCGCGGCCGGUGAAUCUUCUCUCCCCGUCCACCUCCUCCUCCUCCCAUUCGGUUUCCAAACCAUCACAAAUCAAGCGUUCUCCCUUUCAAACCACUGUCCCACCCCAGCAAGCUUCACUAGUAGCGGUGAAAAAAGAUGACCUCUGGAAACGAGCAGAAGAACAACUGGACGAAGAAAGCCGCAAACGGCUGCGAUUGAGCCAGGACGGCAACUCCCCCUCAAUCGAUGGAGUGCUGGCGGAGAUCAUCAAAGAAAUCAGCGCCAAAUACGAAGACUACCAAAACGGCAAGUUGAGCAUCCGGAACCGCGAUGCCAGCAACAGGAAAGUCGAUGUUCGAGGCUCGGCCAAAAAGGUCCUCGUCUGCGCGCUACAGGCCCAGGACCUCAUCAAAGCGGUGGCCGGGUUCGAUCCUACCGGCUACGCCUCGAUCGCUUGGUCAGUCGUUGCCUUUGGGCUCACGCUGAUCAAGAACGACAUCGAUCGGCGGGAUGCGAUCAUGGAUGCAUCGGAGUUCCUCGCCAAGGCUCUCGCAUACCAUAGUAUCAUCGAGCACAACUACCGGAAGGGGACCAUUGCCAGUUCGGCAAGGUUGGACGAUGCUCUGGUGGAGGUCUAUGUUGCGCUUCUUCGGUAUAUCGCAGAGGUCCAGACUGCGAGACAUGAGAGUGCCAUUGCUCGAGUGGGGAAGAGUAUAACUGCUCUGAUCGACCAGCCGCUCGACCGGCUCAAGUCGGUGGUGGAGCAGAAAAGCGCCGUCGUGGAUCAAUGGAAAAUGAUCGUGAGAGAUGAGGAUCAGAGUCGCCGUGCCGAGGAUAUCUUGGUGCGGAUUGACGAGAUGGCCAGGCGGGUGCACAGUAUCGAUGUUCGGACCAAUGAUCAGGAGGAACGCAGCAUCCUCGACUGGAUCUCAACUUUCUCCUAUUCCAACAUCCAAAACGAGACCAAGAAGGCUCGUUCGCCCGAUACGGGAACAUGGUUUGUGCAGUCGAGCGACCGCUAUCAACGCUGGAAGACCACACCGGGACAACUGCUGUGGAUGCAUGGCCCUGUGGGUUGCGGCAAAUCAGUCCUAUGCUCCACCAUUAUUGCAGACACUGACCUGCAUUGCCAACAAAAUGAGCCGUGUGUUCUAGCAUACUGGUACUUCAAAUUCAGUGACAACGAAACGCAAGGCAUGGAGAGUAUGAUUCGAUCUUUUAUACGGCAAUUGUGUCCCCGGCCUAUUCCCAGCCCGAUCAGAAAAAUCUGGGAAGAUCAUCGGAGGAACCGAGAGCCGGACUUGGACGUACUUUUGACAAUUCUCAGGGACAUUAUGGGUUUGCUGCCUGGAGACGUAUUCAUCAUCUUCGAUGCCCUCGACGAAUGCCCGGUUGAGACUCGAGAAAGGCGCCUCUUGGCUUUCAUGGAUGAUCUGAUAAGAGAUUUUCCUACCAAAGUUCACUUGCUUGCCACAAGCAGACCGGAACCUGACAUUCAUAACGCUCUUACGCAACACACCUUAUUUGGACUGGAGGAUGCACUGAGCGGAGACGUCGAGAAAUUUGUGCAAGAGAGGCUAACCAGUGGAAAGUUGCGUAGAUGGAACCGCUCUAUCCUUGAGAGGAUAGAACAUCAGCUGCUGAACGUUUCAGAAAGGCAAAUAAAGCGCCUAGAAAGAUGUCACAUUCCCCAAGACAUUGAUGAAGCGCUUACAACCAUUCCUGACACUCUUGAGGCGACGUACAAAGGCAUCCUUGAGCAGGAGAUUCUACCAAGGUACCGCGAUGCAGUACGAUCCAUUUUCACUUGGCUCACUUUCUCCAUGAAGCCCCUAAGUCAGGAAGCUGUAGCAGAAGUAGCCGGCUUCCCAUCAUCCGACAGCGUUAUCGAGAUCUGUACGACUCAGAUGGUUACCUUGAACACAGCGGACGGGACUAUCAGACUUGCUCAUUUUUCCGUGAAAGAAUUUCUUCUUUCUGAGCAAUCAACUCAUUGGUGCCAUCUAUCGGAGAUGCUUGGUCAUCGCACCAUCUUGAGCCAAAUUCUGUCGCGUAUCCUCGCAGAGAAGAUAGAACUGACCUACGACGUUGCUGUGAGAAAACCACUGCUGCUUUACGGUUCCAAGAACUGGCCCGAUCACUUUCGUCAGCUAGAUAGCCUAACACCCGAUUCAAUACCAGAGAUUUAUCUGAUGCUUCUCGAACUAUUUACGGAACGCGUGGUCUAUCUGAACUGGCAUCGCUUGACUGGUAUGGGCUAUUCUCACUUCAACAGUUUUAUGGUAUCCGACUGGCCAAGACCAACGGAUAAGGCCAUCGCCAUGCAAUUUGAAACCUUAGUCGAACUACUACUAGAAUUGAGAUUCGACUCGAUGGGUUUCCCACUUCAAUCGAGAGAAAGCCUACUGGCUGUUGCAGCCAGAUCCAGUAUAAAUACUCUUGUUUUGCUCUUGAAACGUGCUAUCGCAGUGCCAUUUCUUGAGGUGGAGGAGAUUAUUCGUGAGCUUCGACCUCGAUCUGAGAAAGAUCGAGCAACAUUAAGCCUUGUCCUCGAUCUACUCUGGAACAUGGGCGCGCUAUACGGCGGUGAAGAGAGCGAGAGAAUUCAUCCAGCCAUCCUUUUGAGUAUGGCAAAAAACCCCAUAUGCGCGGACGUGCUGCUGGACAUCUGCUUCGAGCGUGGCGGUCAAAGCACAACUCCGGUAACGGCAGAGCUUGUUCAGGCCGCCUUUGACAAUGUUGAUCUCAGGGUUAGUAUUCUGAAAGUCCUGCUCCAGCGACGGAAAGAGGAGGUACAUUUUACACAAGGAAUUAUGCGCCAGGUGGCAGAAUUGUCGCAGUUCAAUUCCGAGUUGGCGAGCCUUGUGCUGAACAAUAACAGCCAAAUCGCUUGCCUGCUGCCCGAACAUGCUGAGACUUUUGCAAGAGGAGCCUCAAGUGAGGUCUUGAAGCUGGUUUUUGAAGUGUAUGGAGAAAAUUUCAUGUCGCAACGUAAUGUUCUCCUUGCGGCGUCUGUCAAUCCUGGUGCCCGAGACCUGAUCCGGCUCCUCUUAUCUGGCAAGGAAUUGAACGCCAGUUUACGCCAUGAAUUGAUUCUAGCGGCUGCCACAGAAUGGAAGAUAGAAGGGCUCGAGUUUCUGCGUUUCGUGUUGGACUUAUGGGGCCCACAAACCGAGAUUGACCAAGACAUCAUGAUUGCUGCCGUCACCAAUACCUUCCGAGGCAUAGCCAUUCUUGAGGCAUUCUUGGAAAGACAGCAGGCAGGCUUCGCUGUUUCAGAAAAGGUACUUUUUGAGGCAGCUUCAAGAAAUACCAAGGAGGUGAUGCAAUUGCUUAUGAACAAUGGAGGCUCUGAGAUCACAAUCUGUCAAGAACUGUUGUUCGCCGCCGCAAACAAUAGAGACUAUGGCCUGUCUGUGUUGCGAGUUCUACUACUGUUUGUUGGCCCAGAUUACGAAAUACCUUUGAAUCUUCUGGAGGCCGCCGCAGGGAACCCAGCUAAGUCUAACGGAGAUGACUUUCAAGCUAUCAUAGAGAUGUUUAAAGGAGCUCAGGUGCCUGAUAGCGUCUUUAUGGCAGCGUACAACAGGCCUGAUCAUAUGAGAGUGCUCUUAGAUCGAAACGGCAACAGCGUACCGGUUAAGGACUUGAUUAUGGCGAUGAGCAAUUGCUGGACCUUAGGAACGCUAUCUACCUUUCAGCUCCUUCUCAAACAUGACAUCCUUGUGGUGGAUGAGUGGGUGCUCGAGCAGACCGUGGCUCGCAAUCAUAAUUGCCUGUGGGAUAUGAUCCGACAUGUUCCUCAGUUUCCGAUCAACGAAAAAGUGAUCACAGCCAUCAAGUAUGAGAGUGGUGUCCGCUUAAUACUGCGUCACGCUGUGGAGAAGAGCCUCUUGACCGAAGAAAUGAUCAAGGUUGCCAUAAAAUCGACGUUGCUGGAGACACCGUGGCUCAAGCGCUUCCUGGUAGAGGCCAAUUUGAAGGCGCCUCUUAGGAACAGUGUUCUGACUCUCGCGGGAGGGCGGGAUCCAGAGCUGCCACUGCUACUGUCUCAACCGUGA